UUUUCUGAUGUUGACUGUUGAGAAAGAAAUAUGAUCAAUGUACAGUUUAUGCAGCUGUACUUGGUUAUGAACAUCAGAUAUUGGCUGGUUAUGAACGUUUGUAAAUUUUGUCAUCAUGACAGGGAUCAUGCUGGUGGAAAUGAAAAGAUAAAGCAAUUGGUGCCUGGAAUCAAGGUCUAUGGUAGCUUAAUUGAUAACGUCAUAGGUUGCACUGAUAAGGUUGAAAAUGGGGAUAAGGAGUCCCUUGGGGCUGAUAUUUAUAUAUUGUGUCUUCACACACCUUGCCACACCAAAGGUCACAUAAGCUAUUAUGUUACUGGCAAAGAGGAGGAGCAGCCUGCUGUUUUUACUGGAGACACACUGUUUAUUGCUGAUUGUGGGAAAUUUUUCAAAGGAACUGCAGAGCAGAUGUAUCAGUCACUAUGUGUAACAUUAGGUUCAUUACCAAAGCCAACACGAGUUUACUGUGGCCAUGGGUAUGCAGUGAGGAACUUGUAAUUUGCUCUGACAAUUGAGCCACAUAAUUUGAGGAUACAACAGAAAUUAACAUAGGCUAAGAAUCAGCAGCAAGCUGGUCAACUUACAAUUUCCUCCACCAUUGAGGAAGAAAUGGAAACCAACCCAUUUAAGAGGGUUGACCAACCCGACAUUCAGGAGAAGGUAGGGUGCAAGUCUCCCGUUGAAGCUUUAAGAGAGUUACGGAAGCUGAAAGACAACUGGAAGGGGUAGUGGAAUUAACUGAUUACUGCAUACUCCAUGUGAAGGUGUUUUUAUAUGCAUCUUGUUACUGUUGCUGAAACUGAUCGAAAAGAAAGAUAUGAGAUAAUUGUCUUGUCAUGUUAGGGGAGCGGAUUGUGAUUAAAAUUUCCAAUUCCUCGUAUUGUCAUCUAGACACGUAUGUUACGUUGGUUAGUCUAAUACUAAGAUGUUCCAUUUCAUUCAUGUCAUA